AUGAUGAGAUUCAAUUGUAAUCUUCCAGAGCCCAUGCCUAGCCAUGCCACGCGGACGGAUAGCCAUUCCAUGGAUCAGUAUGGAUCAGUAUGGGUUCUGGGGGAAAAAAAAAAGGCUGUUUCUGUUCUGGUAUUAGUCAGGGGUAAGCCAGAAGAGAAGUUUGGGUCAUUCAGGAACGGGGUCCAUGAUUCUAUCAUCCAUCAGAUGAAAUCCAUGGAUGGAGUAGGUAUCUAUGCCCUGUACCUGGUACAUGGCUGUUAUGUUCCAGACCCAGUUUACGUGUUCCUAAGGUUCUUCUAA